GGGGGAGUGAUGACGGAGCACGGGAUCUCUGCCGAGAGUCCGGUGGUUAUGGGAGAGUCUGCAGCCAUCAAGGGAGGGCUGUCGUCAUGGUGGAAAUCGCACUCGCACAAGAAACACGCUGUGGUACUGCCACAGGAAAUGGACCACAUGAAGUCACUCAUCAACCAGCUCACCAUACACUACACCAAACCAUAUCGGAAGCGCAUCAAGACAAAGGAGCACGAGUGGAUGAGUGGGCUGGUGGCAGAUGUGUGCUCGAGCCACAAGGUCAGCAUGACAUCGUUUGUCUACUCAAACCACGAGAGUAUGAUUGGGGCGGUGAAGAUCUUCCUGGUGAUAUGGAACAUGAUGCUGAAUCAUCUGGACGAUACCGUCUAUGAGAACAAAAAGGUCGCCUUCCAACUCAUUAUUGCGUGCAUGCAACGGUCUGAGCUGGUGCUGCUAUUGCAUCUCUUCAGGAGGGGACCACACGCCGACCGACCAUUCGAGUUGGCGAAAGAAGUCAUCAUCCAAGUCAGGUCCAGCAUGUAUCGCACUCUGUCGUACUGUUUGAAUAAAAUGAAUAGCCGCGUUAUGUUCGGCGAACUGAAAGUGUUUACGGCGAAGGUGGUGUGCAUCGCGUGCUACAUGAUACCGUCCAUUCUCAAGAAAGUCCAGGAAGCCAUCCUCCCCAAAGCAAAGAGAAAUACAAAGAUUGAGGAGUGGGGCGUGGCACAGUUCAGCUUAGAAGAGAGUGUGUCAGAAGCACUCGACCCCAUCAUGUUCGAGGCCAUUUACAACGACUUCGAAGACAUCCCGUACGUCGACAAAGCAGUGCUUAAACAGAUGGAGGAAACCCUACCCUAUGGUGACACGUGGGUUAAAGACAUUGAGUCGCGUCAGGAGUCGUUCUACCAUACUGCAGGCAUCCUGGCCAACCACAUGUACAACCGUGUGGUGCUGCAUGAGGGGCUGCAGUGGCACAUGGUCCCUGGAUACCGUUACGUUGUCAAAGCAGUUCUCAUCGAAAUGGACAAAAUGAGUCCCGAUAAGUACAGCAACGCAAUGUUACGGUGUCAGGACUUUCUGAUCUGCAACCCAGACACGCUGACUACACUCAUGGCACUGAUGUUUAAGAACACUCGCGCCCAAGACAUCAUGCAAGUUUCGGCCGCAAUCAACCAUCUGGACGGAUGGUUCUCUGCUCUGGAGGUGAACUUCCCGUCAUUGGCCCACCACUUACCCAAGAACUUCAACUACGAUUUGCUGCUAGUGGCCAUUGAACGACUACUGGAGAAUGAACACUGUCAAGUGAUCAUGAACACAGUCAACCUGUUGCUAGCCCACUACUCAACUGUAUUCCCGUACGCUCAUUCAUACACCUGCACAGCCAUUGAACGACUACUGGAGAAUGAACACUGUCAAGUGAUCAUGAACACAGUCAAUCUGUUGCUAGCCCACGUCGACAUACUCACCCACUAUC